UCCAGUAAUGGGUUAAUAUCAUAUUUUUGAAGACGAAAAUAAUAAAAUAUAAAUACCUGAGAUCCACAUUUGUGGAAUCAACUUUCAUAUUCAGUUGUCUUUUGUAAAACUUUCGUACCUAUCGUAAUUUUCUGUUGUAAAAAAAUAUUACAUUUUCUGAAUCUAUUUACUAAAUCUCAUCGAAAUGAGUAAAUCUAAUGGAGCAACUCCCCCUCAAUACACAUAUGUUCCCCCGCCAUCUGCCCCACCAUCUUAUCAGGAAGCCGUAGGUGGGGUUAAACCGGUUGGACCAUUUACACCAAUUGCAGCGCCUACUGCGCCGUCAUCCAACAAUGCAAUUGUAACCACAGUUGUGCCUAUCGGUCGAACUGCUACACAUAUGAUAUGCCCUUCUUGUCAUGUCGAAAUCGAAACUACUACACGUACGGAACCAGGCAUGAUCGCUUACUUGUCGGGAUUUAUAAUAGCUCUUUUAGGUUGCUGGCUUGGUUGCUGCCUUAUACCAUGUUGCAUAGAUGAUUGUAUGGAUGUACAUCACACCUGUCCAAAUUGCAAAGCAUAUCUUGGACGCUAUCGACGGUAAAACGUAAAAUACAAUGAAAUAAUCUGAAUGGAAAAUGAUUCAACUUUAUUCUAAAGCAUGAAAUAUCCCAAGUGGUAUUGAUAAGAUUUUCUAGGACGAAAGCCCUAUUAUUAAUAACGAAAAUAUAAUGAAUUUUUGCAACAAUGUAAUGAACAUAAUGUUAAUAUGAGCGCACAUUAGAAAUUAACCUAUUAAUGAAAAAAUCAUAGUCCAGUUCUGAAUUUACGUGUAGAAAAGGAAUCAAUAUUUGGGACUCAUUUGAUAUUAUUUAAAGUAACUCAUAUUUAAAUAUUUUUUAAACUCAAGUAUGUUGUUGUAAAUUUUAUAUAAACCUAAAUCGAAUAUGUAUAUGCAAAAUGCUCAAGAUAUUUUUAUUUUAAUUAUUACUGUGGAAAUUAUACAUCACAUUUUUUUAAAAGCUAAGAGUAUAUCCAUUUGAAUUUCUGCGUUUGUUUUUAAAGCUUAGAUUUGUAACGUUUUUGUGCCUUAAAUAUGUUAUUGUAACAAAUUUCAACGGAGCUUACACAUUAAAAAUAUACCAAUUACAGAAUUUCAAAUACAUGCGUAUGUACAUAUACUCUUA